AUGUUGUUUUAAUAAAUAUGGAUGGAUUUAAAGGAAUCUAUGAAUACUUCAUAUUACACGAGUUUUAUUUAUCUCUCUAUUGGAGCUAUACUAAAUACUUCUCCGCUUUUGGAAAUGUAUUACCUAUUUCUUAAAUAGAUAUCUAAAAAUUUCUGAUAAGAAUAACUAUUAACAAAAUUAGCUUUAUUUAGUAUUAGAUUCUUUAAAUGUUGGCAAGUAUUUGUUAGAAUCUUCAAUUGUACAUUCAAUUUAUAUUUUAAUUAUACUUGCUUUUAACAUAUUUAUCAUCAAUCUCUUUAUUAUUUUGUAUUAUGUGAAGAAAAAGAAUGCUUAGAUGAAUGUUGCUUAUUCUAUUUAUGGCUAAGUAUUAUAUAUGACAAAAUAUUUAUAUAGAUUAUUGGGUAUUUAAUAUAGCCCUAUUUUUGGUCAAUCAAUGGAUUUUUAUUUUAAAUCUAAAAUACUUAUUUACAAUAGAUACAAAAUUUAGCUUUUAUUUUUAUUGAUUGUGUUGCAAUCAUUUUAUAACUAGCAUUUUUAACAAUCCUCAUACUUUUUCUACAUUAUGACUAUUCAUAAAAAAAAAACUUUUUAAAAAUAAAUUCCCCGAAAACACUUACAUGUUCGAUUAUAAUUGUAUAUUUUAAUAGCUGUAUAGAAUUGUUUAUUAAUUCAAACAAAAAUUUGAAUGUAAAUUUAAAUUAUAUUAGAAGAUAGCUUUUCCAUUAAUCUUAGUUAUCUUGUUUUUACUACUUAUUUCAUAGAUGCAUAAAGAUUUGCCUCUUUUCUCUAAUAAAUAAUUAAACAACUAUUUUUAAAUUCUUGUAAGUAUUUAAUUUGCAUUGGCUUUAAAUUUGCUAAUAUCAUACUUUGUCAAUUUGUUUGAAGAUCGAUAUGGCUUCUAAGUUAUAUUAACUUUUUUAUUUUUGAUUUAAUUAAAUUAAAAAAUUAGAUAUUAUUUAAUAUUAAGUUCUAUCACAAAUUAUAGCAUUACUAAAAUGAUUGAUUAAAAAACUAUUGUUUAUUUAAAACAAAACCCUUAAAAUCUCUUUUUACUAAGAGGUAUUAUAUAACUUCAUCAAACUUUAUGUUCGAAUAUAAAGUGCUUUUAUCGUUUGAAAACUAUUUAUAAAAUAAGUUCAAAAGGAAAUAAAAAAAUUUAAAUCAAUAGAGAUACAAUUCAGGAUAAUAUAGGAAGAAUUUCAACUUUCUUCUUAAAAUGUAUUUAUGAAAGUUCACUAACUAAAAAAUCAGAUUAAAGUAUUAAUAUACUUUUAAUUGAAUUGCUAUGUUAUAAACUAAAAUUAUACCCAGAAAGUUUGAUCUAGAUAGAAAAAUUAAAUAAAGAUAAAUUGAACUUAAUUUAACGCAUCAUCAUAACAAAUAUUAGGAUCAUAAUUUCUCGACUGAUAAAAUAAAAAAAUGAAUAAGCUUAUAAAUCAAAGCUACCAUUUGACCAUCUAUUAUUAUGUGAAUAGUAUAUAAAAGAAACAGUAUAAAUUAUAAUGAAUAUUUUUGGUUAUUAAUUAUAGUUUUGGAAUUAUUUAUUAAAUUAAGAAGUUAAGUUAAUUGAUGAAUUGUUUAUAUUAAAAAAAAUAAGCAAUUAAAUUAAAGAAUUUUAAGGUUUAGAAAAAUAGAUUUUAAGUUUGCAUAAAAAUUAAAAAGUACCUAUUAGAAAUAAGCAAUGGUUUAACUACUUCUUUUUUAAACUUUUUAUUUUAAAUAAAAAAUUGAAAUUAUAAGAAUUAGAAUUAUUACCUGAUUAUUAACUUAGUUUAGAUUAAAUUUUAAAGGAUGAUUAGAUAGACGAAAAAUCUUCUGAUGAAGAGCCAAUAAAUUAUUAUUAAUAAAAAUUUUUAGUUUCUGGCAAUACUUUUGUAAUACAAAUAAAUUAAUCUGGCAUUAUAAAGAAUAGUACAAAUAAUGUAUUUUAAAUAUUAAAUUACAAUAAAUAAGGUUUAAUAAAUAGUUCAGCAACAAUUUUAAUGCCUUAAAUGUUUAAAUAGCAUCAUUCUUAAUUUGUUACUCAUUUUUAAGAAAGUGGGCAAUCUUUUAAUUUGUAUAAGAGAAAAAAGGCAUUCUGUAUGCAUGAUUCAGGUUAUAUUGUAAUAGUUUAUAAAUAUCUGAAAUGUAUUUAUAAUUAUAACUCAAAUUAAAUUGAAUAUAUUGCAAUGUUUAGAUAAAUUUAGACAAAAUAAUAGUAUUUAUUAUUAAAUGAAGAUUGGGAAGUAGACUCUUGUACUUAAUUAAUUUAGGAUAUCAUUGGAAUAAAAUAAUUAAGUUUAUUUAUCUUGGCUCCAAAAACUAUUGUUUACUCAUAAUAUGAAAAGUUUUUAACAUAAGAGAACAAAGAAUUUUUUAGUUUAAAUGCUCCAAAUUUUGAGAAACACUUAUCUUAAUUAUAUUAUACAUAACGUUCAUCAACAUUUGUAAGAGGUUCAAUAACUUCUAGCAUUGGAUAACUUUCUAUUUUGUAAAAUUAAGUUGAAAUAAAGAAGAAUUUUUAAAAUUUCUUAAAUUAGGAUGAUGUUAUUAAUAUAGAGGAUCAAUAGAAACAAAAUGUUAAGUAAGUAUUGUUCAACUUAAGAGUACCAAAACAAAAGUAUGAACUAGUUAGAGAUUUUUAAUAGAAAUUAUCUGAAUCUUAUAAAUAGGCAAUUUCUAAUGAACCUUUUCGAAAAUAAUUAAUAGUGAGAAAUCAAUCUGGUAAAUUUAAAAUAGUAAGGAGUGAAUUUAUUAGAAGAUGUAAAGUUUAUUAAGAAACUAUGAGGAGAGAGAAAUUUUAAAUAAUAAGUAAUAUAUUUUUUUUAAAUGUAGAGGAACUAUUCUUAAAAUAUACGUAAUCUGAAGAAUCUAUUGAAAGGAUAUUAAGAGUUGAAGGAACAUUAAAAUUAGAGAAAAUAUCACAAUCUAUCAAAUACAUAUUAAUUAAAAUAGUUAGAACAGAAGUGAUUGAAGAAAAUACAUUACCUUAGAGAUAAAAUAGUUAUAUUACUUAAUCUCCUUAAACUUAAAAAAUGAAGUCUUCGGUAUGGUAUUGAAUAAUCUCUAGUAAUAAACAAAAAGAACCCUUAUCUCAUAGUAAAGUCCAAGAAAUUAAUAUUCUCUAGUUAGUGGUAUUUUUGAAAAUAAAAAUAAGAUCAAUUAGAUUUAUAUACUAAUAGAGAAUCAAGUGGAAAAAUUUUAUUGCAUGAUGUUUAAGUUAAUUAAGAUUUUGAUUAAAAUGAUCAUUAAAAAAACAUAAACUUUAUCACUUGUAAUAGUGAUCUUUUAAAAGAAGAUACAAAUAAGAUUGAAAAAAAUAAUCCAUCUAUUAUUUAAUAUGAAUAUAUUAGUAGGAUAAUUUUUAGUUUGUAAAUAUUGAUAGCAUUUUUGAGUUUCUUCUUAACUUCAUUUAUUUACAAUACAAGUACAUUAUAAGAUUCAGUAAUUAACAAUAAUAAUUUAGAUAAUUUUAGUAGAUUAUUUUUAUUAAUAUUAAGUAAUUGUAGCAGAAUCAUACAAUGUUCAAAUAGAUGUAGAAUUAUUUAAUCGAAAUUAUACCAUAUCCUAUUUGACAAAAGGAGAUUUGAUAGGAUAUUAAUCAUAAGAAGAAUUUUAUUAAUAUAAUUAAAAAGUAAUUUAAAAAUGUGGUGAUUACAUGUAUUUUAUUUUUUGGGAACCUAAUUUUUUGAAAAUGCUUUAUUAAAAUUUUUAUAGUAACUCUACCGAAAGUGGUUUGGAUAUUCAAGCUAUUUAUUAAGCAAAUCUAUAUUUAUUAAAUUUACUCUCAUCUAAAGAGUUUAAGGAAGAUUUUGAUAUAGCAAAUACUUUUCGUAACUAUAUGGUACUUCAUUUUAAAAAUAUCUUAGCUUCCAUAUUUUUAGUAAAUAUAAGCUAACUCAAUAGAUCAUCUUUUAAAUUAAGGAUUAGGAUUCUAAGAAAUUUCUAGUUCUAAUUAUAUAUUAUUUCUAAUUUUAUAGACAAUGCUCUAAAUUGCUAGUUUAUUGUAUUUAAUUCGAUUUUAAUUUCAAAUUUAGAAGCAAUAUAAUGUACUUUAUAUUAAAUUUUCUAUAGGUAUUAUUUAGAGUUUAAGCUAUUAUACCCUUUAAAGAGAAAAUUGCUAUCAUUGAAAAAAUCAACAUCACAAUUAAUUAGUUUUGUUACAUUACUAAUUAUGAAUGUAAAUAAUAUUGAAUAUUUUAAUAGAUGGAGAUAUGGGUUAAUUCUUAACAAUGAAUAAAGAUAAUCCUUUGUGCAAAGCAUUUUCAAAAGUGAAAAAUACUAGCGGGAAUCUUUUUGAUAAAAAUAUUUUAGAUACAGAAAAAUAUAAUGAAUAAUUUGAUAGUAAAACAAAAAUUAAGUUUAAAUAACUGUCUCUUUUAUAUAGUUUGAAAGUAAUUUGCUUAAUAUAAUCAUAGAAAAUUACUGUCAAAAUUGUUGUAAAUCUAUUAUUAAUUACUUUAAUAAGUAUUGCAGGAUUUAUCACCAUAGAUCUAACAAUUAAUAAUAUAAAAUUAUUUAAUCAAAACUAAUUUAUGUUUAAUAGUUUGAAUUUUUGGACAUUACCUGCUAUAAAAGAAAUUUAUACUAAUUAAAAUUAUUAAGAUUAUUCCUUUAAUGAUACAAAUGCUGUUAAACUCCUUCAAUCAUUUAUUAAAUAACUAUAAUCAGAAUUUCCAGUAUAUUAUUAAACUAAUAUUAUUGAAAUAAAUUCUUUCUUUAAUAAUAACAUUUGUGAUGAAGAUAGUAUUAAUUUAAAUCUAUUCUAUUAAGCCGAAAUGAAUAUAGAUUAAUGUAAUCUUAUUCUUAAUGGAGUAUUAAACAGAGGAAUUCGAGAAUAUGAUUAUUUACUUUCUAAGAUAGCUCUAAAAGUGCUAAAUGUAAAUGAUGAAAGAUUCGAAAAUAUUACAUUCACAACAAUAUAUGAAUUUAAUAAAGUAUUAAUUAUAUUAAUUAGCUUUUUUACUUUGUUUUUGAUCACUAUAUAAUUGCUAAAAACAUAUGGGUAUAAGAAUCUCAAGCUACUUUAGAAUAACAUGAUUAGAUUAGUUUGAUAAUAUUGUAAUUUUAAUCAAUUAUACAAGAAUAAUCAUAAUAAUUGGGAUAUGCCUUUAUUUUUUAAUUUUUAAUGAAAUUGGAUAUGUUAUGUUGAAAAAAAAAGAAUAUAAAUUUAUAAAAAUGUUUUAUAAAUCUUUUAUGCCCAAUGUUUCUGUUAAUUAAUAAAAACGAUUAAGAGUGGAAUUAAUAAAAGCAAGAUUUAUUAGAAAAUGA